AGCAAGGCCCAUAUCAAGACCCUGUAAUAUUUAUAUUUAUUUAUCAAAUUUGUUCUUUGUUUGAUUUUGUUCGUCGAAUUGAAUUGUUGAUUGAUCGAGUCUGUCUUCUCUCUCACUCAUGGCGGAGAUUGAGCUAAAAACAGCACCUGUUGAUUUUCGUUUUCCUACAACCAAUCAAACCCGACACUGUUUCACUCGCUACAUAGAGUUUCAUAGGUGCAUGGCAGUAAAAGGUGAAAGUUCAGGCGACUGUGAGAAAUUUGCCAAAUAUUAUCGUUCUCUUUGCCCCGGUGAAUGGGUUGAAAAGUGGAAUGAACAAAGGGACAAUGGCACUUUUCCAGGACCUCUUUGAAAAGCAUGUGUGUUGGCUACCCUUAGUUCUGAGGCAUAUGAAUGAAAUUUUUUCAACAAUCUGUUGGUUUAUUUUUUCUUAAAUACAUUUGAUUGAUUAUCUUCACCAAGUCAUGAUUGUUCAAAUAAGGCAGCUUAUGAACAUUGCUUGCUCCACACAUUCCUGAAACAAUUUUGCUUUUUAAGCUAAUAUAAUGGCUCUGAUAUAUUAUUUUCUUUGUUCA